AUGGCAGCAUAUCUCACGCAGCGCAUCUCGCACCCUCAUCACGGUAUCCCCGUCUCGCGUUCCGAAACCCCAGCCCCCGAGAAAACCGCCAAAUGCCUUGCUCCUAUUCCCAAUGUCGCUGCCAAAGGCGUCCCGUUCUUCACGCCAGAGCAGGAUCCGGUCGCUGGCAGCGCCGUAGAUCCCCAACCCUCUGGUAAACCCAUACCCAAGCUCUUUACACCACUCAAAAUCAGAGGCAUCACGAUGCCAAAUCGAAUCUGGAUGAGCCCCAUGUGCCAAUACAGCGCUCACGAGGGUUUUCACACGCCCUGGCAUAUUACCCACUAUGGCGGCAUGAUUCAGCGAGGCCCCGGCCUCAUGAUGAUUGAGGCCACUUCUGUCCAGCCAAACGGACGCAUCACCCCAGAAGAUUCGGGAAUCUGGCUCGACGCCCACGUGGACACGCUCAAGAAACACGUCGACUUUGCGCACAGCCAAAACGCCCUCAUCGGCAUCCAACUGGCCCACGCCGGCCGAAAGGCCUCGACGGUCGCGCCCUGGCUCAGUUCCGGCGCGACCGCCACCGACGAGGUUGGAGGCUGGCCGUCGGACGUCGUCGGGCCCAGCGACGCCCCCUUUGCCGAGCACUAUCCGACGCCGCGGGCCAUGAGCCUGGCCGAGAUUGACCAGUUCAAGCGCGACUUUCUCUCCGCCGUGCGCCGCGCCGUCCGCGCCGGCUUCGACGUCAUCGAACUUCACUUUGCCCACGGCUAUCUCGUAUCGAGCUUCCUGUCGCCGGCGGUGAACAAGCGCACGGAUCAAUACGGCGGGAGCUUCGAGAACCGCACUCGGCUGGCCCUCGAGCUUGUCGAAGCGGCGCGGGCCGCGAUUCCCAAGGACAUGCCCUUGUUCGCGCGCAUCAGCGCGACGGACUGGCUCGACACGAACCCCAACUGGGACGGGGGCGCGAGCUGGACAGUCGACGAGAGCGUCAAGCUGGCCAAGCUGUUUGCCGAGCGAGGCGUCGACGUCCUGGACGUGUCUAGCGGCGGCAACCAUAGCCAUCAGAAAGUGAUUGGCGGACCGGGCUACCAGGCCCCUUUUGCAAAGGCCAUCAAGGCGGCUGUCGGGGACGCCAUGUUGGUGAGUUCCGUGGGGAGCAUCAAGACGGGAGAGGUUGCCCGGGAUAUCAUCGAGGGCGGGAAAGACAAGGACGAUACGCCCCUGGAUCUGAUUGCCGCUGGUCGCAUGUUUCUGAAGAACCCGGGAUUGGUGUGGUCCUGGGCGGAUGAGUUGGGCGUCACUAUCCAUGUCGCUCACCAGAUUGGAUGGGGUUUUGGUGGGAGGGCCUCGAAGAAGUCUGGCAAGAGCACGGUUCCUUGA